UUAAAGUCUCACCAUUUUCCGAUUGAUUAUUCAAGUCAUCAGUUACCAUGGGCGACCUCCCUCCGUAUCCGCCGCUCGAUCCCACCACCUACGACCUCAUCAUCGUCGGAACCGGAGUCUCCGAGUCAAUCCUCGCCGCCGCCGCUUCCUCCUCCGGUAGCUCAGUUCUCCACCUCGAUCCCAACCCCUUCUACGGCUCUCACUUCGCAUCCCUCUCCCUUCCCGAUCUCACUACCUUCCUCCACUCGAACUCCCUCCCUCCUCCUCCUCCUCCUCCUCCGCCGCCAUCGCACGAUCCCUCCGACUUCCUCUCCGUGGAUCUCGUCAACCGAUCCUUAUACUCCUCCGUCGAGAUCACUACCUUCGAAUCCUCGAUCCUCGACGACGAACGCUACUCGAGGAGGUUCAACGUCGACUUGUGCGGUCCUAGGGUUCUAUUCUGCGCCGAUGAGUCGAUCAACCUCAUGCUCAAAUCAGGAUCCAAUAACUACGUCGAGUUCAAGAGCGUCGACGCGAGCUUCGUCGGUGGCGAUUCGAGCGGGGAGCUGAGGAGCGUCCCCGAUUCGAGAGCCGCGAUAUUUAGGGAUAAGAGUUUGGGUCUGCAGGAGAAGAAUCUGCUCAUGAAGUUCUUCAAGGUUGUUCAGGCUCACUUGGCUGCUGCUUCCUCAACUGAAAUCGAUGAGACGGCGGUUACGAUUACGGAUGAAGAUAUGGAGAGUCCGUUUGUUGAGUUCUUGGCUAAGAUGUGUUUGCCUCCCAAAAUCAAAUCGAUCAUCUUGUAUGGCAUUGCGAUGUUAGAUUAUGAUCAAGACAAUGCUGAGACUUGUGGAAAUUUACUCAAGACCAAAGAGGGAGUAGCUCGAUUGGCAUUGUACAUUACAUCUAUUGGCAGAUUUUCAAACGCACUUGGGGCGUUGAUAUAUCCUAUUUAUGGACAAGGAGAGAUUCCACAAGCCUUUUGCCGUAGAGCCGCGGUCAAAGGAUGCAUCUAUGUUCUCCGGAUGCCUAUUACUGCUCUGCUUUUAGACAAGGAAACUGGGGAUUACAAAGGGGUUAGACUAGCUACGGGUCAAGAGAUAUUCAGCCAAAAGUUGAUUCUGGAUCCAUGUAUUACUGUUGGAUUGGAGUCGAUGUCAUCGUUGACUGAUCAGCAGAAAGAAACUGUACGUGUUCUUGUACCAAAGGCGAUAAGCAGUAAGGAGAGAGUAGCUAGAGGAAUAUGUAUCAUUAGAAGUUCUGUGAAAGCUGAUGUAUCAAACGCUCUUGUCGUAUAUCCACCUAAAUCUUUGUUUCCUGAACAGUUAGCUGCGAUUCGGGUUCUGCAGCUUGGUAGUGGCUUAGCGGUUUGUCCAGCUGACAUGCAUGUUUUAUAUCUUUCAACUGUGUGUGACAACGAUGAUCAAGGGAAAGCUGCACUGUUAUCUGCCAUGAGUACUCUCAUUAAACCGCAGGUUCCUGAGAAUCUUCAAAGCGAGUCAGUAGUUGAGAACGACCCUGCUGAAGCUAAACCUACUGUACUCUGGAGAGCACUGUACGUGCAAGAGCUCGUCAAGGGUGAAUUUGGAGGUAGUAUCAGUUCCGCCUCUAGUCCAGAUGGAAAUUUGAACUACAAUGAGAUUGUGAAAUCAGCCGUGGAGCUAUAUGAACAACUCAUUGGGGGUGAAGAAUUAUUUAAAGAAGAGAAAACACCGGAGGAGGAAAACGAUGCAGGUGCUGAAAACGAAGAUUGAUGUAUGAAGAAACCAUGGUUGAAGACAAAACAUAGCCAUUUUUUAGAGUUUUGUUUAUUUUCAUUAUGUUGAUGUGUUUGCGUAUAAACAACAGUAAGGCACUAUAGUUCAGUAAGACAAGUGUAUUUUAAAAAUUGGGUGAAUUGGUUUAAAACCUAAAAAGAAAUGGAUGAAAAUUAGGAAAUUA